CAGGGGAGCGGCACAUUCAAUUUCUGAAGCCCGCAAAGUGCAGUCGAUCGGUAAAAGUUACAUCUACGGAAAACAUGUCAACGGAUAACUUGAGUGCCGUCCUUCAUGGCAUUGGGGAUUUGCGUUUGGAACAACGGCCCAUUCCAGAAAUAGCCACCGAUGAGGUCCUUCUGGCCAUUGACAGCGUCGUCGUAUGCGAAUCCGAUUUACUUUAUUUUACUGAUGGAUAUAUUGGCAAUUUUAAUCUGACCAAGCCCAUGAUAAUCGGGAACGGUGCCGCCGGCGUGGUGGCCAAGGUGGGCAAGUCCGUUAAUCAUUUGGCUGUGGGCGAUCGCGUGGCCAUUCAACCGAGCGUUCCCUGUCGCAACUGCGAUCACUGCAAGCAGGACAGGCAAUUUCACUGCGAGAACAUGGUGUUCUGUGCGACGCCCCCAUACGACGGCAACCUCACGCGCUUUUACAAGCACGCAGCGGACUUUUGCUUCAAACUCCCAGAUCAUGUCACCAUGGAGGAGGGCGCACUCAUUGAACCACUUUCGGUGGGUGUCAACAUCUGUCGCGUGGGCGACAUUCGCCUGGGAUCGAGGGUUCUGAUCCAGGGCGCAGGACCAAUCGGUCUGGUAUCGCUUUUGGCUGCUCGAGCCUUAGGAGCUGCCGAGAUUGUGAUCACAGAUUUGGAGCAGCAGCGCCUGCAUUUGGCCAAGGAGCUGGGCGCCACACACACACUGCUGCUGGACAGGGAACAGAGUGCCGAGCAGCUUGCCAAAAGAGUCCGUUCAACCAUGGGCCAGAGCCCUGAGCAAGCGGUCCUCGACUGCGCUAGGACGAAUUACAUUGCCCACUCUUGGGGAUUUGUAGGUUGUGGUGGCAUUCUCCUUUUUGUAGGUAACGGUGCACGAUAUUUUAGGGGUUUCCUGGAAAGUGAAACGAAAAUACAUGGCGUUCGCUACAGCGACACCUAUUCGGCCGCUCUGGCUCUGGUGGCAUCGGGCAAAGUGAAUGUCAAGCGUCUGGUCACACACCACUUUGACAUCUCGGAGACGGUAAAGGCCUUUGAGACGUUCCGCUACGGCCAUGGCGAUGCCAUUCGUGUCUUGAUACAUGUCCAGCCCAGAGAUGCCAACAAUCCAGUUAAAUUUUAAAUAUAUAUAAUAAAA